CUUAAUUAGACAGACAGCCGAGAGCCGAUUUUCGUCAAUGUCCAGUCUUAAAUCCCUAUUGUUUUUAAUAUAAUAAAUUUUUCACCGUAAAGUCUUAACAUGUCGCCGUAUUAUUUUAUUUUUCGUUUUGAUUUUUUGAAGAAAUGUUUAUUUUUGAUCUAGAUAUUCGACCGGUGAUUAAUAUAGGACAAAAUAAAUUUUAAAUUUUAACGAAAUGGUCACUAUGCUAUAAUAUUAUUUAUUUGAACGGUCUUGAAAUUAUUCACAUGUUCGGUUAGUGUCAGGCGACGCGGUGGUGGUUAUACUUAGAGGAUAAGCAAAAUAAGUUUUGGAUAAUUUUUAGUGAAUGGAAAGAAAAAUUACAGUGAGAAAUGAAUCGUUCAAAAAGAAAUAUCAAAAGACCUCCUAAUCCAAUUUUAGAAGCGAACAUACUUUCAAAAUGGAGUUUCUGGUGGCUCCAUAAAAUUUUCCGCAAAGGUCUACAUGACAAACUGGAACAAGAAGACCUUUAUGAGCACAAACCAAGUCUCGAUAGUACAAUCACUACAAAUGGCCUCAUUCGAUAUUGGGAAGAAGAAAUGAAACGACCAAAACCUGGCCUAUUGCAUAUGAUAUUUCGAGCAUAUGGUUGGUCUUUUGUACCAAUAUGCAUCCUCUAUUCUGUUUUAGAAAUCUCAGUAAGUUCAAUGCAACCUCUAUUCCUGGGUGGUUUAAUAUCGCACUUCUCCGAAAGUAAGCCAGACGUUUCGACAAAAAAAGCCUACCUCUAUGCCACUGGCAUUGUUUUAUGUUCCUUAAUUAACACCUUAGCAUUUCAUCCCUUCAUGUUUUACAUAUUUGAGGUUGGUGUAAAGAUUCGAUUGGCCUGCUCGGGAUUGGUCUAUAGAAAGUGCCUACGGUCUUCAAUCACAGCUUAUAACGAUGGUCUAAGCAGUCAGGCAAUAAUUCUUCUUUCGAAUGAUCUCAGUCAGCUCGAUCUGGGAUUCUACUUCUUCCAUGAUCUCUGGAAGGGCCCUAUCGAAGCAGCCAUAUUUGGAUACCUGAUGUACGGGGAAAUUGGUUGGUCAGCCUUGGUUGGAAUUGGAUUUCUUGCACUCUUUAUUCCAUUGCAGAUUUGGGCAGCGAAGGCAGCUGCCCACUACAGAAGUGAAACAGCAAAGAACGCUGAUACCCGAGUAAAGUUCAUGAAUGAGAUUGUGCAUGCGAUUCAGGUGAUUAAGAUGUAUGCCUGGGAGAAGUCGUUUGCAAGACUAGUAGCUGCAGUGCGAAAAACUGAACUCAAGGCCAUACGAGGCUCUAUGGUAAUAAUGGGAGCGCUCCAAUGCACAACGAUGGUGUCAAACUUAGCCCUAUUCUUGUGCCUAGUCACGUAUGUCUUCACCGGAAGCGUGAUCACUUCGAAAAAGGUCUUCAUAGUGUCGUCUUUUUUCGAAGCUCUAGACGACUCACUAUUGCAUUUCUUUCCCAUGGCAAUGACAACUUGGGCUGAAAUAUUGGUCAUCUCUCGAAGAGCUGUUGAUUUUCUUCUGCAGAGCGAGGAUCCAGCUGAUGGAGGUAUAGAAAACUUCGCCUAUGAACCGGAACAUGACGUUGAAGUAACAAAUUUCUUUGGAAGAAUUCACAAUCCAGUGGCUGUGAGAAAAGGACUGCUAGUCCAUAAUCUUCGAGCUAGUUGGGAUAAGGGAGACAAUCCGCGAGAGCAUUUAAGUGGAUGCAGCUUUCAAAUUCAGGAAAAUGAGUUUCUGGGCGUAGUUGGAAGUAUUGGUUCGGGGAAGUCAAGCUUGCUAAAUGCAAUUCUAGGUGAGAUCGAUGUCACCGCAGGGAAUUUGGAAGUCCAUGGCAUUCUCAGCUACGCUCCCCAAGAACCAUGGAUCUUCGAAGGAAGCAUACGAGACAAUAUACUUUUUAUUGAAAAAUUCAACGAAGAACGUUACAAGGCUGUCAUAAGAGCCUGCUCCCUGCAAAGAGAUAUUGAUGCCUUUCCAUUUGGGGAUUCGACAAUAAUUGGAGAGCGAGGAGUGAGUUUAAGUGGCGGACAGAAAGCUAGAAUAAGCUUAGCACGAGCUAUCUACAAGAAGGCUGACAUAUACCUUCUGGAUGACCCACUGUCGGCCGUUGACUCGUAUGUUGGAAAACAUAUUCUAGAGAAGUGCAUAUUGAAGUUUUUGGACUCAAAGAUAAGAAUUUUAGUAACUCAUCAGCUGAGGCAGUUGAAGAACACGAGUCAAUUGAUCGUGAUGGAGAAUGGAAGCAUUCAGUUUCAGGGCCAAUACGAAGUUCUGAAGGAUCGAAUUUUACAAAUUGAUGUACAGCAUACAGACCUAGAAGACAACAAUCUUGUUCAACGGAACGAAAGUCUUAUAGAGAAAGUAAGACCUGCGAAGGUGGAACUCAUCGACAAUGGUAUUGAUCGGAAAGAACAAAAGGCACAGGGUUCUGUGAAAGCAUCGACCUAUCUGGAGUAUGUUCGGAGCCUCGGAAAUUCCACACUGAUAGCAUUUGUGUUGCUGUUGUUUAUUUCUUCCAGGGGUCUGUUAUCAGGUUUGGAUAUUUUUGUGUCGAAAUGGGCAACAUGGGAAGAGGAAUUACCAUUAAAAAACAACAAUACGUAUUCAACAAAAGCUAACUUUUACGAUUCUUUACCAUUCGAUGUUGAACGGAAACGCAGAGUCAUUAUAUAUUCCGUGUUGAUUGUUUUUACUUUGAUCUUUUACGUUCUGCGUACUUAUGCAUUUUUUAAAGUUUGUCUUAAAAUUUCAUAUAAAGUACAUGAGAAACUGUUCAAUGGGAUUAUAAGGACUUCAAUGUAUUUCUUCAAUACGAAUUCAUCUGGAAGGAUAAUAAAUCGAUUUGCAAACGAUAUGAAUAUUGUAGAUGUUCAAAUGCCUCAGACGUUAUAUGAAGUUUUAUCGUUUUUUACGUAUGCAAUUUCUGUGGUCGUCGUAGUUGCAUUCGCAAACUUUUGGCUUUUCAUUCCAGCACUAAUCCUGUAUGUCUUUCUAUAUCUGGGUCGAAAAUACUAUAUUGGAGCAAGCAGAAGCCUAAAACGGAUGGAAAGCAUGUCUCGAAGUCCAGUCUACUCUCAUACCAAUCAAACCUUCCAUGGACUUACAACAAUUCGUGCCAUGAAUGCAACAAAAAUAGUCGAGGCCGAAUUCCAUAGUUUCCAAAAUGUCAAUACUUCAGCUUUGUAUCUUUUCACGGCUGCCAAUCGGGCAUUUGCCUUUUGGACGGAUUUGAUUUGCGUCUUUUAUACCCUAAUAGUGACCUUUAGUUUUUUGGUAUUGAAUUCGAACUUUGAAAGUGGAGAUGUCGGCUUGGCGAUAACCCAAUCGAUGUCGUUGGUCGUAGUGUGCCAAUGGGGUAUGCGACAAACUGCCGAAUUGGAAAAUCAAAUGACAAGCCUUGAAAGGAUAAUCGAGUAUGCUGAGUUACCCUCGGAACCUCCCUUGGAAUCAGAUCCCAAGCAUAAGCCAGAUGAUGAAUGGCCCCAAAAUGGUCGAAUAGAUUUUAUCGGUACAAGAUUAAAAUACUCCGAGAAGGGAGACUAUAUUCUCAAGGGACUGACAUUCACCAUUAAUCCUCGAGAAAAAGUUGGAAUUGUUGGACGGACAGGAGCUGGAAAGUCAUCAAUUAUUCAGGCCAUGUUUCGCCUGGCACACACAGAAGGCGUAAUUGAGAUCGAUGGCCAUGAUUUGUGUCAGUUGGGCCUGCACGAUCUAAGGAGCAGAAUCUCAAUUAUCCCCCAAGAUCCAGUCUUAUUCUCAGGGACCAUUCGUUACAAUUUGGAUCCGUUCGAUCAAAAAUCAGAGGACGAUAUGUGGAGAGCUCUUUCCGAGGUCGAGAUGAAGAGCUACGUUUCUUCUCUGGAAGGUGGUUUGAGUUUUGUCGUGCAUGAUGGUGGUUCGAACUUCAGUAUGGGCCAGAGGCAGUUAAUUUGCCUAGCUAGAGCAAUUUUAAGACACAAUAAGAUCCUCAUUCUCGAUGAGGCCACAGCAAAUGUUGACCCAAAGACAGACAUACUGAUACAAACUGCAAUUCGGACAAGAUUUGUCGAUUGUACAGUUCUGACAAUUGCUCAUCGCUUACACACAGUUAUGUCAAGUGAUCGGAUAAUGGUGAUGGAUGGUGGAAAAGUUGUCGAAAUGGGACAUGCUCAUGAGCUGCUGCAAGAUAGCAACAGUCAUUUUUACAAUUUAAUCGAACAAACUGGGCCCCCCACUUCGAAUAUUUUAAGACAUUUUGCCGAAGAAUCUUACAAUAAUAUACAAACACUGGGAAAAAUUUCUUCUUCUAAUCUUAAACCUGAAUAAAGUCUUAGGGUGGAAAAGUUGUUUAUAUGUAUCUAAUUUAUAAGUAUAUUUUAAGGAUAGU